AUGCCGCAAAACUUGGGUGCCAACGAUCAAAGACGAGUUGUUCAAAGGUGGCGAAACUCAAAACGUAUAGAUGAUCUCAGUGGUGGGAGCCCCAAUGACCCAGGAACAAAAGCUAAUAACUGCCCGUGUGGGAUUCUAGGUUUGAAAUAUCUACUAGAUUCAGCUGUCAAAGCAGACAACAGAAGCGUCACCAGCACCACCGGCACACCCACCAAUCUGACCUCAGAAGGAAAGAUCACCUGCUACAAUCAUGAAAGCAGCAAUCCCGGCCUCGCAAAGAGUCAAGCGUGCAUCGCCGCCGCUGAUCUACUCUUCUACCAAACCGACAAAUACUUCGGCCAGCGGCUCGAAUUCUCUAACUCUGCUCCCGCAGACUCACCACAGCACUUACCUGCGAGUUUUUAUCAACUCAAUGCGUGCAAAGUCUGGGUCGACUUGCAACCACCCGACGCUGUUGAUGCUGCUGAUUGGGAAGAGAUCCAUCAUGCGGCAUUCGGGGUGGCUGCAGAUUGUGCGCAUAAAGCAGAGCCUUAUUAUACUGGAGGGGAGGUUAUGCUGGGCGAGGAGCAGCGUAUUAGAGUUAGAGUUGGGUAUAUGAAAGCUACGCCGUCUCUGACGCCAUAUGCAGGAGCUCUAAAAUCAACGGAGUAG